CCAGGCUGGUCUCGAUCUCUUGACCUCGUGAUCCACCCUCCUUGGCCUCCCAAAGUGCUGGGAUUACAGGCGUGAGCCACCACGCCCGGCCAAAACCUUAUAAUUACAGCUGUGCAUGUUUCUCUUUCUGAAAUAUAACAGUGUCAGAACACAGGAAGCCCUUAAAACGUGAAGAUACUGAAGUACAGUGGGUGUUCAGAGAAGAAUAUCACAUUUUAAAAACCUGUAAAACGUUUUAUAAGAUCUGCAGGUGGGGGGCUCCUCUUAUGCCUCCAGCUCCAGAGGACAGAGGCCAAACCUUCCCAAGCUUCCCCCACCCUUGUGUCAGGAUUGGGCAGCCGGGGGGAUCAGAGCCAGCUUCCCUCCUUAUAGGCCUCUAGGUCUCCGUGAGGGAGUCUCUCAGAGCCCCAUAGCUGGGCUAGGUCCUGCGGUGGGGGUUGAGGCAACUCCCCACAUCCUCCAGAAGGGAGGGAAAGGACCCAGGAAGAGACCACCACCCCCACCCUGCAAUUCUCCCACUUCUCAUACGUCUAGUUUCUGUGUCCGAGGCUGGCUCAAGCAAUGGGGAGGGAUCUUGGGUUGGGUGUCACCUUCUUGGGAAGGCCCUGAAUGGGGCACUCACAGCUCUGUGCUGCUCCUUUGACCUGAUUGUUCUUAUCGUGCACUUUCCUGGGCUGUGGGGCUUUGGACAGCGGGAUCACCCUUUCUGCCAGCACGUGGCCAGGCCUGCAUCUGGAAACAUCCCUCUAGCUUGAGAAUCGAAUUGGAGUGGCUGAAGGCUGAAUGUUGGCUGGGUCUGGCUGGAGGACUUGAGGCCCUGCCCACUGGAGCCAUUGGGAGAAGCUGGGGCAGGAGGUGGCAGGAAGGGUUACUACUGUUUUGCUGGCGCUGGGACUCGGGGGUCUCAGCAUUCUGUGAGUGGCUCCAGGCCAGUCCCUGGUCCCCAUGGGGCCUUUUUGGGAAAGGGUUGUGGGGGAAGGUUGCUCUCCUUCCAGCCUGACCUUCCCCUGUCCUCCCCCCAGGUGCCCUGAUCCCACGUUCCAAGGUGGGUGGGGUGCUUGGAGUCCCAGCCCAGUCAACCCCCGGCCCCUCUUCACACACUGGUACCUGUGAGACUCUCUGGGGGCCCAGGGCCAGGAUGGGUCUCCAGCGACAGGCCCAGCUCAUCCAAGUCCACCGCCCCACCCCACCCUCACCUGCAGCUGGGAGGGAGGCCGGCAGGUCGUGUAGGAGAAGGCUGGGAGGGUGUGGAGCAGUGGCAGACCCGCCAUUCAUCUGCGUUCGCGAUCCUCCCUGCAGAGGAAGUUUCUGGGGCUCAGGAAGCCCUGGGCUCUGACCUGCUGCUCCAUGCUGGAUUCCCACUCGCUCCCACCCUGCGAGUGACCCAGACAUCACCUCCCCACCCCUUCCCAGACCCAGAGGGCUCAGCAGGAGACACUGAGUGGGAGGAAGGGGAAAUGGAGGCCAGCAGGGACCGAGCGGUUCCCCAGUUCAACCCCAAGGCUGAGCAGGGCAGUGCCAGCGCCAUGGGCCAGAGGGAGGUGCCAGUGACCACACACCUUGGCAGGGUGUCCUUCACCUUCCGAUCUCCAGGUGGCCCUAGGCCCAUCCACUGUGCCUCCCUGGGGCCUCUAGAGUUGAAGCUCGAGUGGCUGGCUCCCCGAUUCCUUUAGGCUGAAGCCCAGGCGUGUUUGCUGCCCCUGCUUCCCGUCCGAUUGGUGACCGGCUGGGGUGGGGAGACAGCGAUUUCACAGCACUGCUGAUCAGAAAUGAUACAAUGGCCACGCCCACCAGCCAAGCGGCUCUGCAUGCGUCAUCCGUGAGUGCAUCACAUGCCUCGAGAGGCUCCGGUGACAGACAGCUUGUGCAAAGCCACUCAGCCAGGAAGUGGUCAGGACGGAUGUCAGGCCAGGCCUGACCAACCCCUGGGGCCGCACUCCUGUCUUCCCGCUACCCUGUCUCUGAGUCCGUCCUGUUAUCCAAGCUGGUGGGGGAGGCUCAGGCCACAGGCCAGCUCUGGCUCUCCCAUGCCCUCCAGCCUGGUUCAAGCCUUAGGCAUCAUCCGGGUCUUUGCCCUCAUGCCCAGAGCCAGGCUGUGCUCAGGUUAUUGCAGGUCUCAUCAAACCCUGACAAGCCUUAGGAGGCAGCCCCAUUGCCGUCUUCACUUUGCAGAGGACAAAACCGAGGCUCAGAGAGGCCCCCAGCUUGUGAAAGGAGGGGUCUGAGUAGGUGCACCUGGCUCCACGCCUGUGCGCAUCAUAGUUCCCAGGGGUCUGCUCUAGGGCAAGGCCUCUGUGGCCACUCAAUGCCCCCACCCCUCUGCCUCGUAGAUCCCAUCCCAGUGGGACCCUGGGGCACAUCCCUGGGUGGGCUCAGCAUCUCCCUCUGCAGGUGGCCUCCUGGGCACGGUGCGGCUGGGAACACUGCCCAGUUCCCCACACUCACCUUUCACAACCCAACCGAUGGCGCCAUUGAGCAGGAAGGGUGAGAAAGAGGACACAGGAAGCCAGAGCGGUGGGGCCGCAGGGUGGGGGCAGGCCAGCUCCGCGAAGCCUGGGGCCAGAGGGCCAGACAGCUGCAGGACUCUGGUGGCGUGGGCAAGGAUGGCGAUGCCCAGGGCCCUGGGGGCGCUGCUCCUCCAGCUUCUCCUGCUCCUGGCCUUAGGUCAGGAAAACCACAUCGAAGAGCCAAGACACAGCUGCCUGGGGGACAGCUUGGAUGAGUACGGCGCAUUUGACUUGAAAGACAAGGCUGGGUGCUUCACCAAGUGCAGGCAGUCGGAGAGCGAGCCCUGCGAUGUGGGAAACUUGCAGAAAUACUGGCUAAACUACGAGGCCCACCUGGUGGAGGAAACCUUGACGGAGAAGGUGAACAUGUCUUUCCUGAAGGCUUUGGUCCAGAACGUCAGCACCAGCACCGCAGAAGACCUGUACUUCUCUCUCAAGCCCUCUCAGGUCCCAAGGCAGGUGAUGAAGGAUGAGGACAAGCCCCCUGACAGAGUGCGACUUCCCAAGAGCCUUUUCGAAUCCCUGCCGGGCAAUAGGUCUGCGGUCCGCUUGGCCAUCACUGUUCUGGACAUCGGUCUGGGGACUCUCUUCAAGGGCCCCCAGCUCAGCCUGGGGGAUGGCAGCAGCGUGUUGAACAAUCGCCUGGUGGGCUUGAGUGUGGGACGAAUGCAUGUCACCAGGCUGGCUGAGCCUCUGGAGAUCAUCUUCUCCCACCAGCGUCCACCCCCCAACAUGACCUUCACCUGUGUCUUCUGGGAUGCAACUAAAGGGCCCACUGGAGACUGGGCUUCUGAGGGCUGCUCCACGGAGGUCGGACCCGAGGGGACCGUAUGCCGUUGUGACCACCUGACCUUUUUCACCCUGCUCCUGCGACCCAUCUUGGACCAGUCCACGGUGCAGAUCCUCACACGCAUCUCCCAGGCAGGCUGUGGGGUCUCCAUGAUCUUCCUGGCCUUCACCAUUGUUCUUUAUGCUGUCCUGAGCCCUGGCCUAGGACACGGUCUCCAUCCCCAACAAGCUGAGCGUGCCUUGCCAGCUGGCUGCGUUGCUGGACCCUGUGAGCGGGGCUUGGAGCGCCAGGAGAAAUUGCCACCAGCUCCCCAGGGUGGGGCCUGGUAUCUCAGGCUUUCCCGGCAGAGGUUCAAGUCAGAAGAUGCCCCUAAGAUCCAUGUGGCCCUGAGUGGCAGCCUGUUCCUGCUGAAUCUGGCCUUCUUGAUCACUGUGGGGAGUGGCUCGAAGGGCUCUGAUACCGCCUGCUGGGCCCGAGGGGCCGUCUACCACUACUUCCUGCUCUGUGUCUUCACCUGGAUGGGCCUGGAAGCCUUCCACCUCUACCUGCUCGCCGUCAGGGUCUUCAACACCUACUUCGGGCACUACUUCCUGAAGCUGAGCCUGGUGGGCUGGGGCCUGCCUGCCCUGAUGGUCAUCGGCACUGGGAGUGCCAACAGCUACGGCCUCUACACCAUCCGAGACAGGGAGAACCGCACCUCUCUGGAGCUAUGCUGGUUCCGUGAUGGGACGGCCACGUAUGCCCUCUAUAUCACCGUCCACGGCUACUUCCUCAUCACCUUCCUCUUUGGCAUGGUGGUCCUGGCCCUGGUGACCUGGAAGAUCUUCACCCUGUCGAGUGUUACAGCGGUCAAGGAGCGGGGGCAGAACCGGAAGAAGGUGCUCACCUUGCUGGGCCUCUCGAGCCUGGUGGGUGUGACGUGGGGGUUGGUCAUCCUCACCCCCCUGGGCCUCUCCACUGUCUACAUCUUCGCACUCUUCAACUCCUUGCAAGGUGUCUUCAUCUGCUGCUGGUUCACCGUCCUCUACCUCCCAAGUCAGAGCACCACAGUCUCCUCCUCUACUGCACGACUAGACCAAGCCCACUCCGCGUCUCAAGAAUAGGAAGGCACGGCCCUGCAAUCUGGACUCAGCUCUGACUUGCUGUGUGACCUCGGGCAGCCCCACGCCUCCCUCUGGGCCAGUUCCUUUCUCUGUAUAAUGUGGCUGGGGAAGGAGAGGACCAGGUUGGACCACGUGGCUUCAGAUGUCCCAUCCAGAUCCAACUACAGGUCCACAUGAGAGUCCAUGUAAGCAUGUUUGCAGGGGUCUAGAGUUCCUGUAGUCCUGAGACCCCCUGCCAGCAAAGAGUGACAGUCACCUCCAUGCCCUGCCCUCAUUGCAAAGCCCUCACCUACCUUCUGGUCCCAGCAAGGGAAGAGAGUCUGUGGCUUGUGUAGCCCUGGAAGGAGCCCCCAGCCUCUCCCCUCCUCCUCCUUGUCACUGGCCUCCCACAACUCUGCCUCUGCAUGCCUGUAACCUUGAGGGGCAUUCAGGAGGCCAGCGUGCCCUCAGGUACUGGGGGUUAGUUUUGGUGGGUAGGAGUUGAUCCCCCUACCCAGUCUGCCCCUGGUCUCUGCCCAUCAGAGCCCACCCUUCUUGAAGAGACCCCAGCAUGUUCAGGGUGCUGGCAGCCCUGCAGGUGUCCAGGGACACUGCGUUUCUGAGAACACUGAGUGGGCGAGCUACCUCGGGCAAACCCUCCACUCCCCACUCUGCCACGUGGGUGGCCCAACCUCUGACCUGCUGUCAUCAUAGAGGUAGAAGGCAAACCGAUCUAGGGCUUAGCAUACCUGGGGGUGCUCCCAUUCAUUCAGCCUGUGGGGCUAGGGAUGAGGGUGGGGUUGAGGGCUCCCUGAGCAGGGGCUGGGCAUUGCCGCUAGAACCUGAGCUCCCAGAGAACAAGGACCUGGGCAGCCUCACUCACUGUUCCAGCCCAGGCCAAGCACAGUGCUUGGCUUGUGGAAACCCUGAAUAAAUACUUGUUGGCUGAA